AUGGGAACCUUUAUUGGUCAUGUGUAUCCAGGGCUCUUUCUGUUCUUUUAUGGACUGUAUCAGGCAAUAGUGGUCUCCAAAGCCAUAAUAUUCAGUGACUCUCUCCUGUAUCCUUCGUGCCCUUCCAGGAAUAAGGGAAGAUGUGCCAGGCUGUGGAAAAUAUCCUAUGAAGGUUCGUUGAAGAUGGUGGUUGGCUCCCUCUUGAUAGCUUAUGAGGUCAGCAGCAUUGAAGGAGGAUUGAGACUGAUGAACAGAGAGCUACCACCAAGGUUUAUGUACCCCAAAGAGUGGCAGCACCUCACCAUGUUCACCCUCCUCACCCUCAUCGGCUGUGUAGACGUCGUGAGCAAGAAUGUGCUGGCUCAGAGGUGUGUGGCCCUAGAGAAAGGUAUCCUGGUCCUUUCCUUCUAUGAGCUCCUGCUGCUGCUGGUAACACACGUUAAGGGCUCAGAAGGGGUAGAGCUGCAAGUUCAUGCUCUGCUCAUCUUGGUGGUGUUCCUGCUGACGCUGGUGUUGGCUGCCGAGCUGUGGGCUCCCGACACGUGUCACCUCUGGCUGAUUGAGACCUUUCUGUUUCUGAUAAUGGGCUCCUGGCUGAUACAGGCAGGCUUUAUUCUAUACAGACCUCUCUCGGGCUACCCUUGGCAGGAUGAUGACACCAAUGACAUCAUGUUUGUCACCACCUUCUUCUGCUGGCAUGUGUUGGUCGAUGCCUCCUGCCUGUUGGGAAUUUAUGGCUUCUCUUCCUUUUGGUACCGUUGUUACGGUCCCAGCUUGAGGCUGAUGGGGUCCAAAGAGGCUCCACAUCACACCAGCGCUCCAGGACACCUCUACAAGUUGCUGCAGGAAGUGGAGCCGUCAGAGAGAGAGGACCAGGUUCUCCUCCUUUCAAAGAAUUCCCUCUGA